AUGUCGGCUCCUCAGCAAGCCCUCACCUUCAACGAUGUCUUCGAGGAGGAGGAUGUGGACGAGCCCAAGUCGGUGCACCACAUCCGCGCCAACUCGAGCAUCAUGCAGCUCAAGAAGAUUCUUGUCGCCAAUCGUGGUGAAAUCCCCAUCCGGGUCUUCAGAACGGCUCACGAGCUGUCACUGCACACUGUCGCGGUCUUCAGCUACGAAGACCGUCUGAGCAUGCACAGGCAAAAGGCCGACGAAGCCUACGUCAUCGGCAAGCGCGGUCAAUAUACCCCUGUCGGAGCCUAUCUCGCUGGCGACGAGAUUAUCAAGAUUGCCGUCGAGCACGGCGUUCAAUUGAUCCACCCAGGAUACGGCUUCCUUUCCGAGAAUGCUGAGUUCGCCCGCAACGUCGAGAAGGCCGGCCUCAUUUUCGUCGGCCCGAGCCCCGAUGUCAUUGACGCUCUCGGCGACAAGGUAUCUGCUCGUAAGUUGGCUAUCGCGGCCAACGUCCCGGUCGUCCCCGGCACUGAGGGGGCUGUUGCCACAUACGAGGAGGUCAAGACCUUUACGGAUACCUAUGGCUUCCCCAUCAUCAUCAAGGCCGCUUACGGCGGUGGUGGCCGAGGCAUGCGAGUUGUUCGCGAACCCGAGAGUCUGAAGGAGCAUUUCGAGCGCGCAACCUCGGAGGCCAAGUCUGCCUUCGGCAACGGCACUGUCUUUGUCGAGCGAUUCCUCGACAAGCCCAAGCACAUCGAGGUCCAACUGCUUGGCGAUAACCACGGAAACAUCGUUCACCUGUACGAGCGUGACUGCUCCGUCCAGCGUCGCCACCAGAAGGUUGUCGAGAUCGCCCCCGCGAAGGAUCUCCCUGCCGAGACUCGCGAUGCCAUCCUGGCUGAUGCCGUCAGGCUGGCCAAGUCAGUCAACUACCGCAAUGCUGGCACUGCGGAGUUCCUCGUCGAUCAGCAGAACCGCUACUACUUCAUCGAAAUCAACCCUCGUAUCCAGGUCGAGCACACCAUCACCGAGGAGAUCACCGGCAUCGACAUCGUCGCCGCUCAGAUUCAGAUCGCCGCUGGCGCCACGCUGGCUCAGCUGGGACUGACGCAGGACCGCAUCUCCACGCGCGGCUUUGCUAUUCAAUGCCGACUCACCACCGAGGACCCGGCCGAGCAGUUCCGCCCCGACACGGGCAAGAUUGAGGUCUACCGCUCUGCCGGUGGCAAUGGCGUGCGUCUCGAUGGUGGCAAUGGCUUUGCCGGCGCUGUGAUCACUCCUUUCUACGACUCGCUUUUGACCAAGGUCACUUGCCAUGGCUCGACGUACGAAAUUGCUCGGCGGAAGGUCCUGCGAGCUCUGAUCGAAUUCCGCGUUCGUGGCGUCAAGACCAAUAUCCCGUUCCUUGCCUCCCUCCUGACACACCCCGUCUUCAUCGACGGAACUUGCUGGACGACGUUCAUCGACGACACUCCUCAGCUCUUCGACCUGGUCGGCAGCCAGAACCGUGCUCAGAAGCUUCUUGCGUACCUGGGUGAUGUCGCCGUCAACGGCAGCUCCAUCAAGGGACAGAUUGGCGAGCCCAAGUUCAAGGGUGAGAUCAUUCUGCCGGAGCUUGUUGCUGCCGAUGGCACCAAGGUCGAUGUCAGCGCACCCUGCCAAAAGGGCUGGAGAAACAUUCUUGUGGAGCAAGGCCCCAAGGCCUUUGCCAAGGCGGUUCGUGACUACAAGGGCUGCUUGCUCAUGGACACUACCUGGCGCGAUGCCCAUCAGUCUCUCCUAGCUACGCGCGUGCGAACCACCGAUCUGCUCAACAUUGCCAAGGAGACGAGCCAUGCACUCUCCAACCUUUACAGCUUGGAGUGCUGGGGUGGUGCCACCUUCGACGUCGCUUACCGGUUCCUUUACGAGGAUCCUUGGGACCGUCUGCGCCGCAUGCGAAAGGCUAUUCCGAACAUCCCGUUCCAGAUGCUUCUCCGUGGUGCCAACGGCGUUGCCUACUCUUCUCUUCCCGACAACGCCAUUGACCACUUUUGCGAGCAGGCCAAGAAGAAUGGCGUGGACAUCUUCCGAGUUUUCGACGCUCUGAACGACAUCGACCAGCUUGAGGUCGGUAUCAAGGCUGUUCACAAGGCUGGUGGUGUGGUCGAGGGCACAGUCUGCUACAGCGGAGACAUGCUCAACCCCCAGAAGAAGUACAACCUCGAGUACUACAUGGAGCUUGUGGACAAGCUGGUCAAGCUUGAUAUUCACGUUCUGGGCAUCAAGGACAUGGCGGGUGUCCUCAAGCCUCACGCGGCCACGCUGCUGAUUGGCUCCAUCCGCAAGAAGUACCCCGACCUGCCCAUCCACGUCCACACCCACGACUCUGCUGGCACUGGUGUGGCGUCUAUGGUUGCUUGCGCCAAGGCUGGUGCCGACGCCGUCGACGCUGCCACGGACAGCCUGUCGGGUAUGACGUCUCAGCCCAGCAUCAAUGCCAUCCUGGCCUCUCUCGAGGGCAGCGAUCUCGACCCCGGCCUGGACCCCAGGCAGGUUCGCGCUCUGGACACGUACUGGUCUCAGCUGCGCCUGCUCUACUCCCCCUUCGAGGCGCACCUUGCCGGCCCCGACCCUGAGGUGUAUGAGCAUGAGAUUCCUGGUGGCCAGCUCACCAACAUGAUGUUCCAGGCCUCGCAGCUCGGUCUCGGAUCGCAGUGGCUGGAGACCAAGAAGGCCUAUGAGCACGCCAAUGACCUCCUGGGUGACAUCGUCAAGGUCACGCCGACUUCCAAGGUUGUUGGCGACCUUGCGCAGUUCAUGGUCUCGAACAACCUCUCUGCCGAGGAUGUCAAGGCUCGCGCUUCGGAGCUUGACUUCCCUGGGUCGGUGCUGGAGUUCCUGGAGGGCCUCAUGGGCCAACCCUACGGCGGCUUCCCCGAGCCUCUGCGGUCCGAUGCUCUGCGCGGCCGCCGGAAGCUCGACAAGCGCCCGGGCCUGUUCCUCGAGCCUGUCGACUUUGCCAAGGUCAAGAAGGACCUGGCCAAGAAGUAUGGCGGCCCCGUCACCGAGUGUGAUAUCGCUUCGUACGUCAUGUACCCUAAGGUGUUUGAGGACUACAAGAAGUUCGUCCAGCAGUAUGGCGACCUGUCUGUCCUGCCUACACGGUAUUUCUUGAGCAAGCCCGCCAUCGGCGAGGAGUUCAAUGUCGAGCUUGAGAAGGGCAAGGUUCUCAUCCUGAAGCUCCUUGCUGUCGGCCCGCUCAGCGAGAACACCGGCCAGCGCGAGGUCUUCUUCGAGAUGAACGGCGAGGUCCGACAGGUCACUGUCGUCGACAAGAUGGCCGCAGUCGAGAACGUGAGCCGGCCCAAGGCCGAUCCCGGUGACUCGAGCCAGGUCGGUGCGCCCAUGUCAGGUGUGCUGGUCGAGCUUCGCGUGCACGAGGGCUCGGAAGUGAAGAAGGGCGACCCCUUGGCCGUGUUGUCGGCGAUGAAGAUGGAAAUGGUCAUCUCGGCGCCUCAUAGCGGCAAGGUGUCAACCCUUCAAGUCAAGGAGGGCGACUCGGUUGACGGCUCCGACCUGGUGUGCAGGAUCGUCAAGGCUUGA